AACAUGUCCUCACCACUUUGGAGUUUGAUUAUUCUAUUGGCAUUUGCUAAAUUAGAUGGUGAAGCUGGUGGACUUGAGCAGCAGCCACGAAAAAGAAGUAUUGAUAACCUCCAACAGCCUCGCAUAGCCUCAGAGAGGGGAAAUUUAGUGUUUCUUACAUCGUCUGCCCAAAACAUUGAAUUUAGAACUGGACCCCUGGGAAAAAUUAAAUUAAAUGAUGAAGACCUCAGCGAAUGUUUGCAUCAGAUUGAGAAAAACAAAGAUGAUAUUGUAGUUUUAAAAAAGAGUGCAGUUGACCUGCCCCAAAAUGUAUCUAAUCAAAUCCAUCAGCUUAAUUCUACGCUUGUGGCUCUCGAGAGAAAAUUUCAAAGUUUCCAACAGACAGUGGACAAAAACUUUUGCAGCAGCCAUCCCUGCCAAAACGGUGGAACCUGCCUCAAUCUGCAUGAUUCCUUUUAUUGCAUCUGUCCCUCACAGUGGGAGGGUCCUCUUUGCUCAGCUGAUGUUAACGAAUGUGCGAUUUAUUCAGGAACACCCCUGAGCUGCCAGAAUGGAGCCACAUGUAUGAACACAGUGGGGAGUUACAGUUGUAUAUGCACACCUGAAACAUAUGGACCCCAGUGUGCCUUCAAAUAUAAUGACUGCGAAGGGGGCUCUCAGAAGCACUGUGGCCACGGCAUCUGUGAAGAUUUGGACCGAGAGCGACCUGGAGUGGCCAACUUCACCUGCAUCUGUGAAGCUGGGUGGACAACUGGGUCGAAAGGUAUCUCCUGCACACAGGAUAAAGAUGAGUGUAGCUUCCAGCCUUCGCCUUGUUCGGAACUUGCACAGUGCUUCAACACUCCUGGCUCUUUCUAUUGUGGAGCCUGUCCAACAGGCUGGCAAGGAAAUGGAUAUGAUUGUCAAGAUAUCAAUGAAUGUGAGAUCAACAAUGGUGGCUGUUCUUUGGUUCCACUUGUUGGGUGUGUGAAUACACCGGGAUCUUUCAAGUGUGAAAGCUGUCCACCAGGGUAUGUAGGUGAUGGAAGAGUGUGCACUCCCAUAGACAUCUGCUUGAUCAAUAAUGGAGGCUGCCACCCAGAUGCAUCCUGCUCCUCAGCUCUAGGUUCAUUACCUCUUUGCACCUGUCUCCCAGGAUAUACUGGAAAUGGUUAUGGACCAAACGGAUGUGUGCAACUCAGUAAUAUUUGCCUAAGUCACCCUUGCUUACAUGGACAAUGCAUAGACACAGUAUCUAGUUAUUUUUGUCGGUGUGACCCGGGUUGGGCUGGUGUCAACUGCACAGAAAACAUCAAUGAGUGUUCCAGUAACCCCUGUCAGAAUGGGGGAACUUGUAUUGAUGGCAUUAAUGCUUUUAGUUGUGAAUGCACAAGUUCCUGGACUGGAUCUCACUGUCAGAUUCCCCAGCAAGUUUGUGGAGGAUCGCUCUCAGAGAUGAAUGGAACCAUCAGCUACAAGAGCCCCAGUGAUGGCUAUGUUCAUGAUGUUAACUGCUUCUGGGUUAUCCGAACUGAAGAGGGAAAGGUCCUGCGUAUCACUUUGAUUUUUUUCCAACUAGAAUCGGUGAAUGAUUGCCCACAUGAGUUUCUUCAGAUUCAUGAUGGAGAUUCCUCUGCAGCCUUUCCACUUGGAAGAUUCUGUGGCUCCAGACCCCCUCAGGAAAUCCUCAGCAGUGACAAUGCUCUCUAUUUUCAUCUCUAUGCUGACCAUUUGAGUAAUGGAAGAGGAUUUACAGCAAGAUGGGAAACACAGGAACCAGAGUGUGGAGGUACAGUGACUGGUACUUAUGGUUCUAUCAAGUCUCCAGGGUAUCCUGGAAACUACCCCCCAGGAAGAGAUUGUGUGUGGCAUGUUUUAACAAGUCCUGGACUCCUGAUAACAUUUGCUUUUGGGACCUUGAGCCUGGAGGACCACGAUGAUUGUAGCAAAGAUUACCUGGAGAUCCGAGAUGGUCCUUUGCAUCAGGACCCUGUUCUCGGGAAGUUCUGUACCACACUCUCUGUCCCACCGCUCCAGACGACAGGUCCCUUUGCCAGAAUCCGUUUCCAUUCUGACCGCCUAAUUAAUGACCAAGGCUUCCAUAUCACCUACUUAACAUCACCUUCGGAUCUGCAGUGUGGAGGGCUCUACACCGAGCCAGAAGGCGAGAUCCUCCUUCCUGAUUUGUCUGGGCCUUUUGCUCACAAAAGACAAUGCAUCUACUCUAUAGAGCAGCCUCAGGGAGAGCAAAUACAAAUUAACUUCACCCAUGUGGAGCUGGAAGGCCAGAGCAGCUGUUCUCAGCGUUACAUUGAGGUUCAAGAUCAUGAUACYUUACUUGGAAAAGUCUGUAACAAUGAAAUCUCUCCCAUUACAUCCAUUACUAACAAUAUCUGGAUCAGGCUUAUAAUAGAUGAUUCCACCCAAAAGACUGGUUUCAGAGCUGUUUAUCAAGUUGCUUGUGGGGGUGAAUUAACUGGAGAAGGAGUCAUUCGCUCCCCUUAUUAUCCCAAUGUAUAUCCUGGAGAAAGGACCUGUAGGUGGACCAUACGCCAGCCCCAAAGCCAAGUUGUUCUUCUCCAGUUCACUAGCUUUGAAAUUGGAAGUUCUGCCCACUGUGAUACAGAUUAUGUUGAGGUUGGUAGCAGUUCCAUUUUGGGUUCUCCUGAAAAUGAAAAGUAYUGUGGCACCAACAUAACUUCAUUAAUAACAUCCGUGUACAAUAUUCUUUAUGUCACAUUUGUGAAAAGUUCUUCUACUGAAAAUCAUGGUUUCAUGGCUAAGUUCAGUACUGAGGAUUUGGCAUGUGGACAAGUUCUUACACAGUCCACAGGAAUCAUUAAAAGUCCUGGUCAUCCAAAUAUCUACCCCAGUGGUAUCAACUGUACUUGGCAUGUACGGGUUCAAUCUGGAAAACGGAUUCGUUUGGUGUUUGACAAGUUUUAUCUGGAGUUUCAUUACAAUUGCUCAAAAGAUUACCUGGAAGUUUAUGACACUGGUUCUGAGACAUUUCUUGGGAGAUUUUGUGGAAAAUCCAUCCCGCCUUCUCUCACCAGCAGUGACAACUCAAUAAUGUUGAUAUUUGUGGCUGACUCUGACCUCGCUUAUGAAGGCUUUACAAUAAAGUAUGAAGCAAUUGAUGCAUCAACAGCAUGCUUGGAAGACUACACAGAUUCCUCUGGGAUGAUAAGUUCUCCAAACUUCCCCAAUAAUUACCCCAAUAACUUGGAAUGCAUUUAUAGGAUCACAGUGGAACCCAAUCAACAGAUUGCAUUGCACUUCACAAACUUCUCCUUGGAGGAAGGCAUUAAUGGAAAUUGCAUAGGAGAUUUUGUGGAAAUCAGAGAUGGAGGCUAUGAAACUUCACCAUUCCUGGGAACAUACUGUGGAUCAAAUCUACCUCCAAGAAUCAUCUCUCACAGUAACAAACUGUGGUUAGAAUUCAAAAGUGACCCGAUAUUCACAGAGUCUGGGUUCUCUGCUUACUGGGAUGGAUCACUAACAGGUUGUGGAGGCAAUCUUACCACUUCCACUGGCAUAUUCACAUCCCCGAACUACCCAAUGCCCUACUACCACAGCUCUGAAUGCUACUGGUGGUUGAAAUCCAGCCACGGCAGCCCAUUUGAACUGGAAUUCAAAGACUUCCACUUGGAGCAUCAUCCAAACUGCUCUUGGGAUUAUCUGGCGAUCUAUGAUGGCCCAAGUACCAGCUCUCAUCUGUUAACUCAGCUUUGUGGGGAUGAAAAACCGCCUCUGAUCCGUUCUAGUGGAGACAACAUGUUAUUAAAACUGAGGACUAAUGAAGGUCAGCAAGGAGGUGGCUUCGAGGUCAAAUACUGGCAGACAUGUGAGAAUGUGGUGAUAGUUAAUCAAACUUACGGCAUCUUGGAGAGCAUAAAUUACCCACAUCCUUACUCUAAAAAUCAGCGUUGCAACUGGACCAUCCAAGCAACAAGGGGCAACACGGUGAACUACACRUUUUUAGCAUUUGAGUUGGAAGAUCAUACAAACUGCUCCACAGAUUAUUUAGAGCUCUAUGAUGGAUCAAAUCGGAUUGGGCGCUACUGCGGAGCAAACAUUCCCUUGCCAGGGAGUACCACAGGCUCCAAACUUCAAGUGCUGUUCCAUACAGAUGGRGUUGGUCAUCAUGAGAAAGGAUUUCAAAUGCAGUGGUUCAUUCAUGGUUGUGGUGGAGAGUUAUCAGGAGCCACGGGCUCCUUCAGCAGCCCYGGGUAUCCUGACAGGUAUCCACCCAGCAAGGAGUGCCUCUGGUACAUUAGCACUGCCCCAGGGAGCAGCAUUCAGCUCACCAUCCAUGACUUCGAUGUGGAAUAUCAUGCGACCUGCAGAUAUGACAUCCUAGAGGUCUAUGGAGGCCCUGAUUUCUACUCUCCCAGAUUAACCCAGUUGUGCUACCAGAGAUCAUCUGUGAACCCCAUGCAGGUCUCCAGCACUGGAAAUGCACUAGCCAUCCGAUUUAAGACAGACAGCUCCAUAAAUGGGAGAGGCUUCAAUGCCUCAUGGCAAGCAGUCCCUGGAGGUUGUGGUGGGAUUUUCCAGGCUCCCAAUGGAGAAAUCCAUUCUCCCAAUUACCCCAGUCACUAUAGGAGUAACACUGAGUGUUCUUGGGUCAUUCAAGUUGAGAAAAAUCACCGCGUUCUCUUGAACUUCACUGACUUUGAUCUUGAACCUCCAGACUCUUGCAUUUUGACAUAUGAUGGUGUCAGCUCUGCAAGCAGCCGCCUUGCCAGGGUGUGUGGAAGACAGCAGCCGACUAACCCCAUCAUCUCUUCGGGGAGCAGCCUCUUUGUGAGAUUUCAGUCUGGCCCUUCCAGACAGAGCAGGGGCUUCCGAGCUAAAUUCAGGCAAGAGUGUGGAGGCCGCAUCCUCACUGACUCUUUUGAUACUAUUUCCUCUCCAUUGUUCCCUGCCAAGUAUCCAAACAAUCAAAACUGCAGCUGGAUCAUUCAAGCCCAACCUCCGUUCAAUCAUAUUACUCUCUCCUUUACCCACUUUGGACUUGAAAGCAGUACAAGAUGCACACACGACUUUCUAGAAGUUUUGGAUGGCGAUUACUAUGAUGCACCCCUCCGAGGCCGUUACUGUGGCACCUCCAUGCCCCACCCCAUCACGUCCUUUGGCAGUGCCCUGACGCUGAGGUUCGUCUCUGAUUCCGGACUGAAUUUUGAUGGUUUUCAUGCCACGUAUGCUGCAUCCACAUCGGCUUGUGGUGGAACCUUCCACAUGGCCGAAGGCAUCUUGGACAGCCCUGGCUACCCCGAAGUUUAUCCUCCUAAUACGGAAUGUGUCUGGAACAUUGUCAGUUCCCCUGGCAACCGACUCCAGCUGUCUUUUAUAUCUUUCCAGUUGGAAGACUCUCAGAACUGUAGCAGAGAUUUUGUGGAGAUACGGGAAGGAAAUGCCACGGGUCCCUUGGUGGGACGAUACUGUGGAAACCUCCUACCACUCAAUUAUUCAUCUGUUUUGGGGCAUAUUUUGUGGAUCAGAUUUGUCUCGGAUGGCUCAGGCAGUGGAAUGGGCUUCCAGGCUACAUUUGCUAAGAUAUUUGGCAACGAUAAUAUUGUGGGAACUCAUGGGAAAAUCGCCUCUCCCUUCUGGCCAGCAAAUUACCCCCACAACUCCAACUACAAAUGGACAGUAAGUGUGAAUGCAUCUCAAGUUAUCCAGGGGAGAAUCUUGGAGAUGGACAUUGAAGCAACUCACAACUGCUAUUAUGACAAACUAAGGAUUUUUGAUGGGUUGGAUAUUCAUUCCAUCCUAAUUGGAACUUACUGUGGUACCCAGCCUGAAACUUUUAGCUCCAAUAGAAAUACUUUGACAUUUCAGUUUUCUUCAGACUCUUCAAUUUCAGGGAAGGGAUUCCUCCUGGAGUGGUUUGCAGUAGAUGUUCCUGCUGGACCUUUGCCUACCAUUGCUGCAGGUGCUUGUGGCGGGUUCCUGAAGACUGGAGAAGCGCCACUCUUUCUUUUCUCCCCAGGCUGGCCUAGAAGCUACAGUAAUGGGGCUGACUGUACCUGGCUCAUCCAGGCUCCUGAUUCUACUGUGGAACUCAACAUCCUCUACAUGGAUGUUGAACCUCACUCAGCCUGUGGCUAUGAUAGCCUUGUGAUAAGAGAUGGAGACAAUAACUUGGCUCAGCCGCUAGCAGUUGUCUGUGGCAGAGAGAUCCCUGGGCCCAUCCGGUCUACUGGAGAGUACAUGUUCAUCCGCUUCACCUCUGACUUCAGUAUCACUGGGGCAGGCUUCAAUGCCUCCUUUCACAAGAGCUGUGGUGGAUAUUUGCAUGCAGACAGAGGGAUUAUCACAUCCCCCAAGUACCCAGAGACCUACCCUCCCAACCUCAACUGCUCCUGGCACGUUUUGGUCCAGAGUGGUCUGACCAUCGCUGUCCAUUUCGAACAGCCCUUCCACAUCCCAAAUGGAGAUUCUUCUUGCCGCCAAGGGGAUUACCUGGUGCUAAAAAAUGGACCUGAUAUCUAUUCUCCGCCUUUGGGACCCCAUGGAGGAAAUGGUCGUUUUUGUGGCAGUCAUCCUUCAUCAACUCUGUUCACCUCAGAUAAUCAAAUGUUUGUUCAGUUUAUKUCUGACAGUAGUAAUGGAGGGCAAGGAUUUAAGAUCAGAUAUGAGGCAAAGAGUCUAGCCUGUGGGGGCAAUAUCUACAUCCAUGAUGCUGAUUCUGCUGGAUAUGUGACCUCCCCCAACUACCCUGGCAAUUAUCCGCAGCAURCGGAUUGCAUUUGGAUCAUAGCUGCUCCUCCGGGAAAAGCUAUAAGGUUGCAGUUUGAAGAUCAAUUCAAUAUCGAAGUAACACCCAAUUGUUCUUCUAGUUACCUUGAGUUGCGGGACGGAGUUGAUUCAAAUGCUCCAGUACUUUCCAAAUUUUGUGGGAUGUCUUUGCCCAGCAGCCAGUUGUCCUCAAGAGAGGUUAUAUAUUUGAGAUUUCAGUCUGACAAUAGCUCCACUCACAUGGGAUUCAAGGCCAAGUAUUCUAUAGCCCAGUGUGGAGGAACAGUAACAGGGCAAAGUGGCAUCAUUGAAAGCAAUGGAUACCCACAUCUUCCCUAUCCAAAUAAUGUAUUCUGUCAGUGGCAUCUCCAGGGCCUCUCAGGACACUAUCUCACCAUCCAUUUUGAAGAUUUUAACCUUCAGAAUUCCUCUGGCUGUGAAAAAGACUUUGUGGAGAUCUGGGAAAAUCAUACUUCGGGAAAUGCUUUGGGCAGAUACUGUGGAAGUGCCAUUCCUGAUGACAUAGACACUUCUAGCAAUGUUGCUUCGGUCAGGUUUGUCACAGAUGGUUCCGGCAUUGCCCCAGGGUUCAGGCUGCGGUUUGAAUCCAGCAUAGGAGUGUGUGGUGGGGAUCUACAGGGCCCAACUGGAACAUUCUCUUCUCCCAACUACCCGAACCCAAAUCCUCAUGGCCGAAUCUGCGAGUGGAGAAUCACUGUGCAGGAAGGAAAGCAGAUCAGCCUAACUUUUAACAACCUGCGGCUAGAAGCUCAUCCAUCCUGCAGUGCUGAGCAUGUGACUGUAUUCAAUGGCAUUAGGAGUAACUCACCCCAGCUAGAGAAACUGUGCAGUAGUGUGAAUAUAAGCAAUGAGAUAAAAUCUUCAGGAAACACAAUGAGAGUGGUGUUUUUCACGGAUGGAUCCCAACCAUAUGGAGGUUUCAUUGCUUCCUACACAUCCAGCGGAGAYGCAGUGUGUGGCGGGUCUCUGACCAACAACCCUGAAGGGAACUUUACUUCUCCUGGCUACAACGGAGUCAGUAAUUACUCAGGAAACCUGAAYUGUGAAUGGACUCUCAGCAAUCCGAAUCAGGGAAAUUCCUCCAUUUACAUUCAUUUUGAGGAUUUUUCCCUUGAAAGUCACCAAGACUGUCAAUUUGAUGCCCUUGAGUUUCGAGUGGGUGAUGCUGAUGGUUCCCUAAUAGGGAGAUUCUGUGGCCCCAAACCUACCCUGCCAUUGGUUAUACCUCAUCGUCAGGUGUGGAUACAAUUUGUUACCAAUGAUCGCAUCGAAUAUCCUGGAUUCCUCAUAAAGUAUUCCUUUACAGAUUGUGGCGGAAUACAGACAGGUGAGAGUGGAGUGAUUACAAGCCCCAACUACCCAGACUCUUAUGACAGCUUCACCCACUGUUCUUGGUUGUUGGAAGCCCCUCCAGGACACACCAUCACUCUUACAUUCAGUAGCUUUGAUGUUGAAAGACAUGUAGCUUGUGCCUGGGACUCCGUCACUGUCAGGAAUGGUGGCUCCCCUGGAUCACCUAUCAUAGGACAAUACUGUGGAGAGUCAAACCCAGAGACAAUACAGUCUGGUUCCAACCAGCUCGUGGUAAUUUUUAACUCUGACCAUUCAGUACAAAAAGGUGGAUUUUAUGCUACAUGGAGCACACAGACUUUAGGUUGUGGUGGAAUAUUUCAUUCAGAUAAUGGUACAAUCAGUUCCCCUCACUGGCCUCAGGAUUUUCCUGAAAACAGCAGAUGUUCCUGGACAGUCAUUACUCACGAAAGUAAACACUGGGAGAUCAGCUUUGACGGAAACUUCCGAAUCCCCAGCGGUGAUGGACAGUGUCAGAACAGCUUUGUGAAGGUGUGGACAGGAACUGAAGAGACCAACAACGCCCUGUUGGCCACAAACUGUGGGAACAUGGCUWCCAGGACCAUUAUUACACCCACAAAUGCAUUCAGGGUCGUCUUCCAGUCUCAGGAAGAGCCAGCCCAGGGCUUCUCCGCAUCCUUCGUAAGCCGAUGUGGACGUAAUUUCACUGGCCCUACAGGUAACAUCAUUUCUCCAAACUUCCCAAGGCCGUACGACAACAAUAUGAACUGCACCUAUAUCAUAGAAGCUAAUUCUCAGUCUCUGGUUGUCUUGACAUUUGUGUCUUUCCACUUGGAAGCUCGCUCAGCCAUCACCGGGAGCUGUGAGAAUGAUGGCCUGCACAUUGUCAGAGGUCGAAGUCUCUCCUCCACACCUGUUGCCACCGUGUGUGGUGAUGAGACCUUGGAUCCUAUCACCCUGACUGGUCCCGUGCUGCUGAACUUCUACUCCAACGCACACACCCCGGACCUGGGAUUCAAGCUUUCCUACAGGAAACUCUCCUGUGGAGGUACGUUCAACUCUACUGGGGUCAUCAGGAGUCCUUCCUACUCGUAUUCCGACUACCCCAACAAUCUCUACUGUGUGUACAACAUCACUGUGAGAGACAACAGAGUGGUUCUGCUCAAGUUUGGAGAUUUUAAUGUGGCUCUGUCCGCCUUCUGCUCUCACGACUACCUGGCGGUGUAUGAUGGUCCCAACAUGAGCGAUCCCCUUCUUGGAAAAUUCUGCGGUUCCAAGCUCCCCCCAAUUGUUAAGAGCAGCAGUAACAGCAUGGUCCUGGUAUUUAAGACAGAUUMUGUUCAAACAGCAAGAGGCUGGAGGGCAAUUUUCCGGGCGACAUUAGGGCCGCAACACGGAUGUGGCGGUUAUCUGACAGUUUCCAAUGGUACCUUUGUCUCUCCUGAUUCUGAUUCAAAUGGAAAAUAUGACAAAGGCUUAAGCUGCACAUGGUUCAUAAUAGCACCUGUAAACAAACUCAUUCAACUCACCUUCAAUACGUUUGCUCUGGAGACAAUGACCAAUUCACAACAGUGCCUUUAUGAUUAUGUCAAGCUCUAUGAUGGGGAGAGUGAAAACGACCGUUUGGCCGCAACGUUCUGUGGUUCCACCAUACCUGCUCCUUUUAUCUCUUCCGGUAACUUCCUCACAGUUCAAUUUGUCAGUGACCUGACUCUAGAAAGAGAAGGAUUUAAUGCUACAUAUACCUUCGUGGACAUGCCUUGUGGUGGAACAUACAACGCAACUUGGACCCCACAAAAUACUUCGUCACCCUAUUUAUCAAGCCAGAGUGUUCCAUUGUCCACCUGUACUUGGGUCAUUGAAGCCCCUCCCCACCAGCAGGUGAAGAUAACUGUGUGGGCACUUCAGCUACACUCGCAAGACUGUGCACAGAACUACUUAGAGGUUCAGGACUUGCCAGAGGGUGAUGGAAGAGUCCAUUUCUGUGGCAGAAAUCUUACAGCUCUGCCCGAGUUUUAUUCCUCCACAAGCACUGCCAUGGUGGUUUUCAAAUCUGAAGUUCUGAACAGCAWCUCUAGAGUGAGCUUCACCUAUCAGAUUGCAGACUGCAACAGACAAUACAACAGAGCAUUUGGCAAUCUGAAGAGUCCUGGAUGGCCUGAUAAUUAUAAUGAUAACCUGGAUUGCACUCUAAUUCUCACAGCCCCGCAGAACCACGCCAUUGCCCUCUUUUUUCAUUCGUUUGAUAUCGARGACUCAAGCAACUGUGCACAUGAUUUCUUGGAGGUAAGAAAUGGAAGUAGUAGCAGUUCACCACUACUUGGCAAGUAUUGUGGGACUCUGCAGCCAAACCCCAUCUUCUCUCAAAACAAUGAACUGUAUCUACGAUUUAAGAGCAAUAAUAUAAUUUCCAGUCAUGGAUAUGAAAUCAUCUGGGCCUCAUCACCCUCUGGCUGCGGUGGGACUCUUUAUGGAGACAGUGGCUCCUUUACCAGCCCUGGCUAUCCCAGCACGUACCCAAACAACACUCACUGCGAAUGGACUCUCAUUGCUCCUGCUGGAAGACCUGUCACCGUCAGCUUUUACUUUAUCAGCAUUGAUGAUCCAGGAGACUGCGUCCAGAACUAUCUCAUACUCUAUAAUGGGCCAAAUGCCACUUCUCCAUCCUCUGGACCGUAUUGUGGAGCAGACACUAACAUAGCUCCCUUUGCGGCUUCCUCAAAUCAAGUCUUCAUAAAAUUCCAUGCUGAGUAUGCAGUGUAUCCAUCCGCGUUCCGGUUAACGUGGGACAGCUGA